AAAAUAAUUUAAAUUAUGGAAAAUAUAUUCUAGAAACCAGAAGCGGAACUUUGUUGCGUAACUGCUAACUUAACUAUGCACUAGCCCGUGCUACUUCAUUUGUCGUACCAAGAUCUUUUCAACGGACUCGUCCCGUAUUUCAGAACACUAUGAACCAAGAGAAGCUUGCCAAACUUCAAGCUCAGGUCCGGAUAGGAGGAAAGGGGACGGCGCGCAGGAAGAAAAAGGUUGUUCACAAAACGGCAACAGCUGAUGACAAAAAACUGCAGGGCUCGCUGAAGAAGCUGGCGGUGAACAACAUCGCAGGGAUAGAGGAGGUGAAUAUGAUAAAAGACGACGGCACGGUGAUCCACUUCAACAACCCCAAGGUCCAGGCGUCUCUGUCGGCCAACACCUUCGCCAUCACGGGCCACGCCGAGACCAAGCAGCUGACGGAGAUGCUGCCGGGCAUCCUGAGCCAGCUGGGAGCCGACAGCCUCAGCAGCCUGCGCAAGCUGGCUGAGCAGUUCCCUCGGCAAUCAAUGGAGCUGAAAGCUGUGAAAGAGGAAAAUGCAGAGGACGAGGACGACGAUGUACCAGAUCUGGUGGAGAACUUUGAUGAAGCAUCCAAAAACGAAGCGAACUGAUGAAUUUCUCUCCUUCAGUCGGAUGUUUUAUAUGUUUUUUUUUUUUUAUUAUUAUUAUUAUUUUUAUUUUGCAGACUUGCAAAGUUCAUUUCCUCCGGCGGGGAAACUGUUUUAAGGUGCAGUGCAUCACCUACCAAGGAAGUGAAUCUCUUUAGUGUCACUUUGUGCAGAAAGGCAACAUCAUAUAGACAGUUUUUGGUAGAGAUUUUGAACGCAGCUUCUGUAAAGGCUCUCGGCUCUCGAGUGACUCAGAACUGCUUCAGAAAUAAGCUUCUUAUGUGAUGAAACACACCUGGUAUUUAAGAGAUUCUUUAUUAAAUGAGGAUUAAAGUUAAUGAUGUACGUAGCCUUAUAAUGGGAUUAUAAAAUCAAUAAAACAGUUUUGGGCUA